UCCUUCCUGUCCUCUGCCCCCAGCGCUCCACAGCCUCAGCCCAAGGCAACCAUGGCCACCAUCCCAGACUGGAAGCUCCAGUUGCUAGCCCGGCGGCGGCAGGAGGAGGCAGCGGUGCGUGGCCGCGAGAAGGCCGAGAGAGAGCGCCUGUCCCAGAUGCCAGCUUGGAAGCGGGGGCUCCUGGAGCGCCGCCGCGCCAAACUUGGACUGUCACCUGGGGAGCCUAGCCCUGUGCCGGGAACUGUGGAGGCUGGACCUCCAGACCCAGAUGAGUCUGCUGUUCUCCUGGAGGCCAUCGGGCCGGUGCAUCAGAACCGAUUUAUCCGGCAAGAGCGGCAGCAGCAGCAGCAACAACAACAACAACAACGGAGUGAAGAGCAGCUGCUUGUGGAGCGAAGGCACGGGCCACUUGAGGCACGGGAGCAAAGACCCAGCCCUGGGGAGACUCGGGAUCUGAGUCCCAAAGGAAGAGAGUCAAGAGAAGAGAGGCUCAGUCCUAGGGAGGCCAUAGAGAAGAGGCUGGGCAUAGGAGGUGCCCGAGAGUCUAGCCCCAGACCUUUGGAGAUUCGAGACUGGAGGCAGAGUCCAGGAGAGGUGGGAGACAGGAGCUCCCGACAGUCAGAAGCACAGAAAUGGAGGCUGAGUCCUGGAGAGACUCCAGAGCAGAGUCUAAGACUGGUAGAGCCUCAAGAACGAAGCCCCAAGAGGACAGAGGUGAUGGAAAGUAGACUGAGCCCAGGAGAGUCUGGCAACCAGAAGCCGGGCUUGACAGAGGCCCAUAAAUGGAGGCCUGACUAUGGAGAGUCUCAGGAACAGAAUUCGGUACAUCUGGAGGCAUCACAGUGGAGGCCAUGCUCAGGAGAGGAAAGCAAAGACUUCUCAGAAGAAUGUGGGAGAAAAAAAGAGAGGUCAGUUGCAGAGUUGGCCCCGGAAGAGGUUUCAGGACUACCAGAGACUCUGACAAGGGAAGCUCGAGACAGCAGCACCGGAGGAAUGGAGACAGCAGACCCGAGGUCUGGCCUACUGGAGGUUGGUGAAAGGGGCUUGAAGUCAACAGAAGGGUGGAAAUGGACCCUGAACUCGGGGAAGGUGCAAGAAUGGACGCCCAAGGAAAAAGAGUCUGAGAGUCAGAAGCCAGAAUCUUCAGAGUCGUCUGAGAAGCGGCUCGGGCUUCCUGGGGUAGAGCCUGGAGAAAGGGAGGCUAAGGAGGAGGAGGCCGGGGUUCAGGGCAGGCCUCUGAGCGCCCUUCAGAACCGAUGCGCUGUGCCCUCCCCCAUCUCACCAGAGGACGCUGGGACCGGAGGAGGCCCUCGACAGCAGGAAGAGGAAGCAGUGGAACUCCAGCCCCCACCACCAGCCCCUCUGUCUCCCCCACCCCCUGCCCCACCUGUUCCCCAGCCCUCUGGGGAUCCCCUCAUGAGCCGUCUGUUCUAUGGGGUGAAGGCAGGGCCGGGAGUCGGGGGCCCCCGCCGUAGCGGACACACCUUCACAGUCAACCCUCGGCGGUCUAUGCCCCCUGCAGCCCCGGCCACUCCUCCAGUCCCUGUCCCGCCUGAUGCCGCAGUUCCUGGGGCUGGGAAGAAGCGGUACCCGACUGCUGAGGAGAUCUUGGUUCUAGGAGGCUACCUUCGCCUCAAUCGCAGCUGCCUUGUCAAGGGUUCCCCCGAAAGGCACCACAAACAGCUCAAGAUCUCCUUCAACGAGACAGCCCUGGAAACAACGUACCAGUACCCCUCGGAGAGUUCGGUGCUGGAGGAGCUGGGCCCAGAGCCAGAGGCCCUUAAUACUACCAGCCCCCUAGUAGCUCAGCCCGACGACGAUGAGGAUGAAGAGGAGCUGCUGCUCCUGCAGCGGGAGCUCCAAGGAGGCGGGCUGCGCACUAAGGCCCUCAUAGUGGAUGAGUCCUGCCGGAGGUGA